AUGAAGAAUUUUCAUGGGUCGUUGGACAUUGACAGCCUCUUUAAUGUUCUAUCUCGUGUUCCAGUGAAGAUCUUGCUUGGUUUUAGGUGUGUUUCUGAGGAAUGGUACAACAUUAUCUCUAACAAUCGUUCCUUCAUCAAAGUUCAUCUGGAAGAGACAGAGCCAACAUUGUCAGGCUUCAUUUUUCAAGAAAAGUUCAGGUGCAGCAACGAAGACAUAAAAACUAUCAGUUAUAUGAACAUUAACUCCCUUGAUCGACAUCAUAAUGAGCAGAGCACAAGGUCAAAAUCCAUAAUUCACCACAAAAUGUUCAGUUUCCUCCCUGAAGAUGUUGUUGUCUUGUCUUCAUGCAAUGGUCUACUUUGCUGUCGCAGUUGCUGUUUCUUAUCUUCUUCUACGAAGACAACUCUUUAUGUUUGCAACCCCACAAACAAAGAAUGGAUUACCUUGGAUUGUCCUGACUAUAACAAACAUGAAAGCAUAGUGUUGACUUUUGACCCAUACAAAGACCCCAUAGACGUCUCCACCAACUUCCACGUGGUAAGGGUGAAGCAGUUUGAGAUUGAGACCGAGAAUGAGGAUGAAGAAGAUGAGGACAAGGUUGAAUUAUCGCAAUACUUCACAUUUGAAUUAUACUCAUCAACAACAAAGUUAUGGAAGAAAUCAAAUGAGAUAUGCCAUUACGACCACGGUUCAAUCAAGAAACAAGGAAUUUACAUUGGGAAUGUCUUGUAUUGGCUCACUGAUGCAGAUCAUAUCCUCACUUUUAAUCUUGACAAGGAAUUAUCUUUGGUAAUUUCAACACCAAUCCCAUCAGGAGAGUUCAAGGCCAUACCUGAAGCUUGUAUUGGAGAGUGGAAAGGGAUCCUUUGCUAUGUCAUGAUAACAGAGAAUGGUCUUCACGUGUGGUAUCUUGAAGAUUACUAUGAGGCUAAAUGGGAACUCAAGUUUUGGAAAUCAUUGGAAGAUAUUGAAAGGGAAAAUCCCAAGUUCUUCUGCAAUUUGAAGAACCAUGUUUUGCGAAGAGCAGGUUUGCACCAAAAUCCAUGGAUGGAUCCUUUAAGCUUCAAAGACGGGGUAUUGUUGAUGAAGGUGUUUGUUCAUGUCUACUUUUAUGACAUUGAGAAGAAUUUGAUGGCAGAAGCUUGCAAAUUUCAAGACCUGAGCACUAAUUCCUUACCUUGUCCCAUUGUGCUCCCCUAUUCCAUGAGUUUGGUGCCUUUAUAA